GCAUGACGUAGUGCGUCCACGUGAACUUCUCUAAUAUGCAAAAAUGACUUCCGAUGAUGCGUUGGAUUCGAGUGCAGAAGAGGACAAAGUCACUGAAGAAAUCGAUACACACAAAGCAGUCUCCACACAGGAUCAAGAGCAGGCGCUAAGACUGGGCAAAAAUUUGGAGCAUUUACACACCGAAAGAAAAGAGUUGCAGUCAACCAGUCAACUAGAACGCGACGUACCAAGUGGGGAUGUGGUGGGUGGAGCCAGAAAGAAAAGGCGUACAAGGAGAAUGCAGAGUACUCAAAGCGAAUCAGCUAAAGAAACUGCUGGCGAGCAAGACCAGGGAAAUCCAGAACAAGAGGCGCUGCCCCCACCUCGUUUGGAUCGACGACUACUGGUGCAAUCGAUUCGUGAACAACUGAAAGCCCAGCACGCACAGCGAGAAAGUUCGGUUGUCACCAGAGACAAAUUGAGAUUAGAAGCUGACACGCCAACGGACCGAACGCGAUCACUGACACCGCUUGCUUCCCGCCCGAGUGCACAUAAACGUUAUGUCUCCGAACUGAUGGAUGAAGCGUACAAAUGGAAUGGACGUCCAUCAUCAGAACCCCAAACCAAUGAGAUGCUGACAUGGGAGGAGCUGAGCAAGGUGGACACACUAAGCGAACAGAUAGCGCGCGAUUUUUUCGCAAAAGAAUGGAGCAGUGCCACUGAAACUGGUCAGCAACGUGGAAUCAACGCAUCGGAGUCUUCUGCUGUUGGAAUGAAAGAUGGUGCAGAAUUCUGCCAGCGGGGCGUACUUGCGCCUACUGUUCACGAGAUCAUUGACGAAACGGAAUCAUCGGUGAAAAAUUUUGAAGACUACACACAAAUGAGUGGAGCGGAUCUUCUGAUAUCCGGGAUAGCUGACUGGCCAACCGAGAAAGAACGGAUUGAUGUGGAGGCUGGCUUUUUAUACUAUGCAACGAAUACUGAAGCUCCACUUCAGCUCAAGACAGGUGGACGUGCUCCACGUUACCCAGAUGACGAAGGUUUGUAUGUUGGCCGACCGCCAUUAGUGGUGCCUUCAAACCUGAGGCGAAUGGAAAAUCGUAUCAUUCAACAGGCCACUUUGGACGCUUUUAAGAUCACAGCACUAACUGAACAGCCAAAGGCGGUUGCUGAGUUGAUUGACGCACGGGGGGAUGACGAGACGGAGCGCAUUAGAUCUGAGCUACUUCAGGCGUGGUUCGGUGAAGAUGGUAAACUGAAACUACUGCCAAACCCAAUUCGAGCGGUUCCAAAUCGAUAUCCUAGAUGGGACGAUCAACUCAACCCAAAACCGUCUGCUUUCCAGACGGACUUUAUUCCGCCCCUAUCAUCGGAAGCAUGUAAACGCUAUCUCUCUUCCUCGAACGGGAUUCAUCACCCCGGACAAAUUAAACCGAAUUUCACCUUACCCCACCGCAAACCCUCUGGAAUCGGAGUGCUGGAUGAUGCCCAUGAGUGUUUACUUGAAAUCGGCUUGGAAACGCUGACAUUUGACUUCCAUCCUCUUUUCAGUUGGGAGCACUUGUAUGCAAUGAACCUACGCCAAGUGGUUACAACGUACGAAGCUGAGUUGGCUCGCGACCAAGUGAAUGUGUGCGUACAACGGAUCCGGUCACUGAAACGGGCUUUAGUGCAGUUAAUGGAGAAGAAACAAGCACGCGAGAACCGCGCAUCCGAGACUUCCAUUGCGUUGGAACUAGACAACCGUAUCCGGGACUAUGAAAGUCAGAUCAGUUCACUGCGGCAAACCAGAAACCAGGCAGAGGGCACGCUUAGGGGUCUACUAGCUUCAGCGUUGCGAUCCUGGAAGCGCGUGAAGGCUGUUCGCAAAGCGGCUGGAUGUACGAAUACCCCAGUGCGGCUCAAGAUUACGCGAGAAAUCGUCGAGGAAACUGAAGAGCGGAAAGAAUGGGAUAAAGAAUUGGAGGAAAUUGUUGAAGAACUGCGCUGCCAACAUGUGAAAACCAACGCAAAGUUGCAAGAAAGUUACAAAAUUCGACUGAAAGAAUAUAAAGAACUAAAAAGGAAACAGAUCGACGCUCUAAAAAGACAACGCCAGCGAGAAUCCGGACAGGUAUUGAAUCCUGAAGAAGAAUCCAGGUUGGCUGAAUUCGAGAGAGAGGACGCACGCAUUUUGGCACAAGGGAGAGUUAGGAGAGCACCCACUCCUCCUCCGUCCUUCAACGAGUCGCUUGAAAGGGAACGGGUAGAAAUUCAGAUGAGGCAGUACCGCAGACUUCCCGGGGAACCAAAAAUAAGUAUAUCCCUGCUGGAAACGGAUGUCCUCACUGAUGAAUCCUUGCUGUCGAAAGGAGAAGCGAAGCGACGGAAGGAUGUGGCAAGCAGUAUGUACUUUUUCAAGUUAUAUUUCAACGGGAAGUUGGUCGAGACCGCAAAACCCAUACCCCUAUCCCAAGAUUUCAAGGUGCGAUUCUCAUGGAAAUAUCCGAUGCAAAUACGACAUCCUCCAGAAGAAAUCAAAGCCGUUCUUUUCGAAAAGGGCAGCUUCUUCUCUCAUCAGCUUGCUGAAUUCCACAUAGCUCCACCCAGAUCAGAGCGCUUUGAUGCGGUGCGGGAUAUUCGAUCGACUAGGGCGACUUCAGCCGGACGAACGAUCCAUUCGUCAACACAAUGCCUGCGAUUUUAUGUACCGAACGAGUUUCCGGUCAAAAACGUGGAGGCCGGUAAUGUCCAAGACUUGAUAACCUCGUCAGUUGGGCUCUCCCGGUCAGUUGCUUUGGAGGCGUUAGACGGCUCAGGUGAAAAGACGACGGUAUUGAUGAUCAGUGGACACCUGGUAACAACCGCUUCAUGGGUUCCCACAAAUAUUGUGUACAACACACCGCAAGAUCAUAAGGAUGAAGCGAACAGAACUAAUCGUUCCGUUGGGCAUGACGGACAACCGGACCCGUUCUUCGGACAGACCGUCUCACAAACGAUACCAUGGAAUGUCCAUACUUCAUCCUGUAUCACAGAUCUGAAAAUAGACCCAAACGAUCCAGCGGAGACCGGUCAGAUGCCUGAAGAUCACCUCACUGAAGGAACACUUACGCUGCCAGGAGUUGCUGAUGAUGAGCACUCUGUGGAAGAUCUGCUACCGUCAGCUGGCGUUUUUCGUUUGAACCCUUUACUGAAAGAAUUCCAAUUCUGCUCUGACCCAGACUUGGACCAAUCACGAAGACUUAAACUGCUACAGCUUCGGCAAUCUGGUAUACCGGAAUUGCAGGGUCUAGUUGUCCCUGCAUCUUCAAAGCACAUUCCCUUGGAUAUACUCAAGGAAUUUGAACGCUCACGCAAACCAGCAGAAAGCUGGCAUGCCAAAGGAAUGCAAACGUAUGAACUACGUCACCAGCAGUUUUUGGAGCAAAUGAGGCUUCAGGUCCAGCAACGCUUUCAAGACGCAAUCAAGCAAAAGUCUCUCAAGCAAAUGGUUGUCGAAGAUGAGGUGCCUAAUAUUUUUUUCAUCUUCGACCUCAUUAAGCGUAUCUUCCAGGCACGUCGCCCACUGCUUCCAAUACACAAGCAUCGUCGAUGUAUUGCACCGCAGAGCGUGGCUGAAAGUGGGCUGGCGAUAUACGCAACCAUCUAUGGUGCCUACAAUCUGCCCACACGUGAACUUGCGCCGACCCAAUUUACCGCGAGGACUUCAACUCACUCGAGGGUACAACCUAUCUGUGCAUUUGCGGAGAUACAAUUUCAAAACCAAGCUUGCGUCACCCCGACUUCAGAGGGCAGUAAUCCCAGUUGGAACACAGGACUCAGUCUGCCAAUCACUCUGCCUGCCGGAAUGACGCGGUUGGAGGCGAUCGAUGAUCCGGUCAUUGUCAACGUAUACGAUGAGAUUUCGCUGAAGACGACACUUCCUGGGCACUCCAAUCAGAUUGUACAACGAACCGAGCGACGACUUCUGGGUGGAAUUGAGAUUCCAUUAUCUACUAUUUACCUCAAUCGCAAGGUUGAUGGAAGACUGCCGCUAUCCGUUCCGUUGGUUCUGCAGGGAUACGAAAUGCCCGAGUCAGACAGACAGUCCAACAAGCCAUGCAUACACAUUUUCAUGACCCUGCAGCCAGCUCUGCACCCUCCGGAACAGCUACUCACAAAUUUUGCAACCAUUGAAAGUAAUGAAACCCUGCACCUGUUGUCAAGCUGGAGGUGGAAGUUGGAAAGUUGCAAAUCCUUCCGAAAUCGCUCUUUCAACCCUAUCGUGCUGAAUAUCGAUUGCAGAGAAGUCAUGAUGACCCGCUAUUUGGCCCCGCUGAACCCACCACCGGAGCUGCUCCCCAGUUCUCAAACCAAGCUCUCUUUGGAGGAAAGCAGGAAGCGCCUGGCACGGUAUGUUUCCCUGAUACCAAGAGUUUCGGACUCGGUGUCGUUCCCGGGGCUCACCGACAUUUGGUGCACUAGUGACAAGUUUCUCAGCAUGAUGUGUGGAGAUGAAGAGGAGCAUGCAGUUCUAUUGGCUUGCUACUUUCUCUAUUUGGAGCGCAUGAAACUCAGUUCACCAGAAGAAUAUGGCGAUGGGAGAGAGGAAACCGCCGUAGGGAUGGAACACGACUCACUCCCAGUGUAUCUGUGCAUUGGUGAAGCUGUACCUGAGGGUCACGCCGUCUACGUUCUGCUACGGCAAGAGAAGGCGGAGAAACCCAAUAUUGGCUUCGGCUGGUAUUUUUGGAACCCUUCUAGUGGUGAAUCAUAUUCGGUGAACAAUCUGGGGGGUCCGAUGCGAUCAGUGCACGGGUUGGUCAGUAUGCACAACGUGUGGGCCAAUAUACAAAGCAAGCACCAGCCUUGGGAACUUGAUUGGGAUCUAAACUCCAAGCGGGCUUGGUUACCAUUGUUUCCUCGGAAGGUGCAUAAGAAGGCACGAACGCCUCAGAGUGAAGACACGCCAUCAGUCGGUGGACUGAACACACUUCAGCCCUCGAUACUGAAUUACACUCAACUGGAUUCACACGAAGUUGAAGAAAUCAGAUUUGAGCUAGAAGCAGCGUUGCGCGAUUCACUAAUGCAGUGGCGCAAAUCGGAAAUUACUCGGAUCAACUACGAGUUUAUAACGGAUUUGAUGCGAAUACUGGAAAACCUCGAGAGGCACAGCGGUCAGCGCUACGAUGGAUUAACGCAAGUUCUUGACCGCAUGUCCUCGAGAUAUGAAGUCUACGGUUUUCCGAUGAAUUUUCCGUGGAUGCAAACAAGGGCGAUCGUUGAACGUGUUCGCUCCAAGGGAAUCCACGAAGUGCUGGGAUCCAGUGGCUCUUUGGAGGUAGGCCAUCGCGGUGACUCCGCUCUGAAGCACGCUGGAUCGUCUUCACUGCAGUUUGCGAUAGCUGUGUACGUAAAGGCCUACAAAGGACCCGUUCUGUCCAUUUGGGUGUACCUAGCUGCCCUGUGGCGCCGGACUUCUGCUAUCACUUCGAGCUGAUUAGUCUUCCGACGUUAUUGAGCUGUUUCCACCAGCGAUUGUUGGUGCAGCCAUUUGUGUUUACCAGACCAUCUUACAAGUGUGCAUAUCCUACGAAUGGCUCGUUUCUAGAUGAUUAUCAGUAGCUACUUUCAGCAUGUAACCAAGCGAUCAUGAAUAUCGUACAAGCUAGUUCCAAAUAUAACGUUUUUUACUGUCGC